CUCUUUAAUGUGCAAUCUGUUUUCUCCAGCGGAGGGCACUCAGUGUAUCACAAACCCAAGCAUUAGCACCAACAAGCCCUCGGCGUCAUCCGUCUCUGGAAAGCCUUCGGAGCUAGACAAGGGCUGCCUCCCAGCACAGCCACAGAGCACCGGCAAGCUGGCCAGCCGAGCGGGUAAACCUGGCCCGCAUGGCUUUUAAGCUGGGGUCUCGGGCAGCGAGGAGGCCUGCCGGCUUAGAAGAGCUGAAAAUGCACAGGAUGAGUAGCUUUUUCUGAGAAUGGCAAAAGCCGGCUCGAUAAGGAAUGCCAGGUACUCUGAAGAUUUCCUUUCUUUCUUUUUUUUCCCCCCCUCCUCUCUUUUUCCAGAGAAGUUGGUCACCCCCGAGGCGGGCUGCCGCUCUGCUGCACAGACUGCCAGGUACUGCUGACAAGUCCCUGCUGAAUUACGCGAGGAUGCUCAGCGCCUAGAGGCCCUCCCACCCCCGGCUGCUCCGUCUCCCGGCCCCCCGCCCCAGGCUGGGGUGUUUUUUUUUUCAUAUAUGUAUACAUAUCUCUUGCCUGUCCUCUCCGGGGAAGUUUGUGUGGGGCCAGCAGCGCCCAUGCGGGAUCAGAAUGGUGUGAAUGACAGCUGCACUGUGUCAUGAAGGGGCUGGUGGCUUCAGCACGAGACACCAAAUAAGAAGAAAGCUGAGAGCAGCGGGGAGCCGUGUUUGGAUGGCAAAGGAUGGGUUUCCGUUCAGUUACGCAGCUGAGAGGCAUGCGUGUGGCGCUGGCGCUGCUCCCCACCCUGCUGCUUGUGGCGCCCACGGGGGCUCAGAGAGCUUGCCCAAAGAACUGCAGAUGUGACGGCAAAAUUGUGUACUGCGAGUCCCAUGCCUUCGCAGACAUCCCCGAGAACAUUUCUGGAGGGUCCCAAGGCUUAUCACUGAGGUUCAACAGCAUUCAGAAACUCAAAUCCAAUCAGUUUGCCAGCCUUAACCAGCUUAUAUGGCUUUAUCUUGACCAUAAUUACAUUAGCUCGGUGGAUGAAGAUGCAUUUCAAGGGAUCCGGAGGCUGAAAGAAUUAAUUCUAAGCUCCAACAAAAUUACCUAUCUGCACAAUAAAACAUUUCACCCAGUCCCCAACCUCCGCAGUCUGGACCUCUCCUACAAUAAGCUCCAGACACUGCAGUCGGAACAAUUUAAAGGCCUUCGGAAACUCAUCAUUUUGCACUUGAGGUCAAACUCACUGAAGACGGUGCCGAUAAGAGUUUUCCAAGACUGUCGAAACCUUGACUUUCUGGAUCUGGGCUACAACCGCCUUCGGAGCUUGUCCCGAAACGCUUUUGCAGGUCUCCUGAAGCUAAAGGAGCUGCACUUGGAGCACAACCAGUUUUCCAAGAUCAACUUUGCUCAUUUUCCACGUCUGUUCAACCUCCGCUCGAUCUACCUGCAGUGGAACAGGAUCCGCUCCAUUAGCCGAGGCUUGACGUGGACUUGGAGUUCCUUACACAACCUGGAUUUAUCAGGGAACGACAUCCAGGGAAUUGAGCCGGGCACGUUUAAAUGUCUGCCCAACUUGCAAAAACUGAAUCUGGAUUCCAACAAGCUCACCAACAUCUCCCAGGAGACCGUCAACGCUUGGAUAUCGUUAAUAUCCAUCACUCUGUCUGGAAAUAUGUGGGAAUGUAGUCGCAGCAUUUGUCCCUUGUUCUACUGGCUUAAGAAUUUCAAAGGAAAUAAGGAGAGCACUAUGAUCUGUGCGGGACCUAAGCACAUCCAGGGCGAAAAGCUCAGUGAUGCCGUGGAAACAUACAACAUCUGCUCCGAGGUCCAGGUGGUCAACACCGAAAGAUCGCACCUGGCCCCCCAAACCCCCCAGAAGCCUCUGAUUCUCCCCAGACCCGCCACCUCCAAAUCGGACCUCACCCAGCCCACCCUGGAAGCACCAAGCCCUUCCCCAGGGUUUCAGAUUCCUGGCACAGAGCAAGAGUACGAGCACGUUUCAUUCCACAAGAUCAUUGCAGGGAGCGUGGCUCUCUUUCUCUCGGUGGCCAUGAUUCUCCUGGUGAUCUAUGUGUCCUGGAAACGCUACCCAGCCAGCAUGAAGCAACUUCAACAGCACUCGGUCAUGAAGAGGCGGCGGAAAAGGACCAGGGAGUCUGAGAGACAGAUGAACUCCCCUUUGCAGGAGUAUUACGUGGACUACAAGCCUACAAACUCUGAGGCCGUGGAUAUAUCCGUGAACGGAUCCGGGCCCUGCACGUACACCAUCUCUGGCGCCAGGGAGUGCGAGGUAUGAACCGUGAUCCUCCUAAAAGCGUUUCCGCCGCGGGGAAGGAGAGGUAGAUGCUUGACGCGCUAGAGGGGUGUCUGGUCGCUAGAAAGAUUAACGACCCCUUUGCUUUUGGGUUUUGCUCAGUGUGAAAGGUUACCUAAUUAAAUUACAACCACCAGAAAAUUGACUGCUUUUUUUUUUCCUUUCUUAAAUGGUUGACACUUGAAGGAAGUUCAUUCAAGGAUGGGAUUAAGUUGGAAUAAAGCAUUAUGUUGAAACAGCUGUUUUUUUUAACAGUUUGUAUACAGGGGUUGGACUUAACAAACACGUAUCCACACAAAUGAAACUCUUUUCAUUCUAAAGUUUAUGUCCUGAUUCUUGUUGUCUGACUUUUGUAACCGAGUAAAGAAGGAGGGGCCAGCCUAAUUUAACAGCAAAGCGAGUUUUACCAAAAUUCCAGGAGGUAAUGAAGAUUUAAACCAAAGAGCAAUCUACCCAAGGGUUGAUUUUGUUGUACAUUUUUGGUUUUAAUUAAAGCAUGCAACAGGGGUCUCACAGGGACAACUGUUUCCGUGUGACGUGCCAGUUAGAUAUUAUACCAGCGCGGAGAAUGCCAGGCCUACUGUGCAACUGUAUUAAGGCUUUCGAAGAUGUCUUUUUUCCUCCCUUCCUUCCUUCCUUCCCUUCCAUCUUCCCUUCUUCCUUCCUUUUUCCUUCUUUCUUUCCUUUGCUUCCUUCCUCCUUUCCUUGUUUAUCUAAUUACUGGACAUAGCUCACUUGUCAAAGGUUUUCCUGAGUGCUGGCUGUAUGUGUGUGCUCAGAAUGGAACUUACACUUUGUGUUUUGGCUUCGUCCCUGGGAACUGAACCAGGUCACGGUGUUGUGGGUUAGUUAGCAGUAACAGGACAGGCAUGACGGGGACUGCGUGUCAGUGCUGCUGUCGUCCACACACACAUGCUGUGCAUUCCUGAUAAACUAGUCCAAAACCAAGCGAUGCAGAUACUCACAAAUGCAAAGAGAGAGACUGGGGUUCUGAGUAAUCUCCCUUCUGUAACAGUCGCCUCAAAUGAAGGCAUUUCUAUACUAUCCUAUUUUCAUUUUAACGAGAAUAAGAUUGGAGUCAGUGUCUAAUCGUUUAAUUUUCAAGACCACAUCUAGGAACAUGUGAAUAAGUAGAAAAGUAGUCACAGAUUUCCACCUUAUCCAUAAGGAACACUGGAUACAGAUCAUUCUUUACUUGGUGAAGUUGAUCAAAAACUGCCAAGACUGUGACUGGCAAGGCCUUGUUAGUAGAAUAAAUUAGUGAAGACAGAUCAAGCACUGGCUCUGUGUCAUCUUAGUACCCAGUUUCACAUGUUGCUUUUUCAAAAGAAAGUUUUAAUGAGUAUUUAAAGAUGUUGCCCUUUUUAAUACCAGUUGUAACAGUUGAAUAAUAUAAUUUGCUUUUUGAUAAUAUUUACCCACAUCUUUCCAUAAUCCUAAAUGCAGAUGCUAGCGAAAACAUUUUCAGACAAAAGCACUGAGUUUUAAAUAAUCUCCAACCCGGUGUAAUUUGGAACAGCGAGCUGUUCUUCACAAAGUUCAUUUUCUCUUUUUUAUGUAUGGUUGAAAAUCAGAAAAUCAAUCCCAGAUAAUAAGUCCCUAAAAGAAAUCUGUAUAAGCAAAUGCCUUUACAAAUUAAAGAGAAUAAACGGUUUUAUAUAAAAGUCUAACAAGGCUUGAUGUUUUAAUUGCAGGCUGACAUUUAUAUAAUAUUCGUGAAUAUCAGUAAAACAAGUUCAUCUUGUUUUAUUUUAGAUUCUUCUUAUAUUUUGAGAUCCUUUUAAAGGCUAGUAACAUAAAAAGAAAAAGAGAGAUAAGUUCCCGUCAUUCAUUGUCUCUUGGCGUUUGUAGUAGAAUGGUGAUUUUUGUUUACAAGAAUCACCAAAAAAGAAGAUUCGUGAAGAGCUAGGACUUGAGAAUGAUGGUUCUAAACCUUUUAUAGAGAUCUUAAAUUACAAAGAUCAUCCUUUAAGGACCCUCAGUAUUACCAUGAUAGGAACAAAAUAGAAACAUAUUUCAUUCGAUAAGAACGUGUAGUAUAUGUGUUAUUUAGUGGUGUUUAUGGCCAUGAAUUGCUGUGACAUUGUUGGGGAUGAACGUGCUGUUACAGAAUUAAACAAUGACCAGUUUAACUAAAUGUUACAAUGAAGCUAUUGAGUUAAACUGGUAGACCUUCCUGAAGGAGAUCAAACUGUCCGUGCCCUAAAAAGUAGAAAAUGGUAGGCGAUCGAUCUAAGGUCAUUGACUCCACUUUCGAGCAUGUGGGGUCCAAUAAAGCUACAUUUAAAUAAACAUGCACUUGUUUUGAAACACAAAUGCACAGAAACAAACACCGUGGCCGCCACUCCCCCUUUUAUCAGUGUGUUCACUGUAUUACGGUUACAGAUGGAUAUAAGAAAUGAAGAAAGGCAGAUUCUUAGAAAUUGUCAUGAAAAACCAUAAUUUUCCCUUACUUCUCUUGUUUAAAAAACAAAUUCUCUAUAAAAUGAAGCUGCGAGAAGAAUGAUUUACCCAAGUUUAUGAAUUUUUAGAACAGUAGAGAUAUGCUAAGUUUUAGUCUGGUGGUGUUUUGACAAACCUCACAAAUCAAUAGCCUCAAGAAAUGCAGAAUGACUGGUAUAUUUACAAUACCUUUUUGUGAGGUAGUUUUUUAUUUUUUAUUCAAAACACCAAGCUCUACCCAAUAAAGCCAUAAAUAUUUAACUAGAAAGCUUAGCACCAAAUGCUAAUUUCCUAAGAUAGUGCCUUGGAAGAUAUUGCAUUAAGUUGAAAAUUCCACCUAUACAGUUGACGUUACCUGCCGUUAUCAUGAUCUAAUUAUAGUUAAAAUAUCCAUUUUGCCUAUUUCCUUUAACAUUCCUCCUUAGAAUGAUGGCUCUGAGACACCACACAUAGAGAGCAUGCAAUCUAUAAGUUAAAUAAUUUUGGCUCUAUUCUUCACAAGUCUUUAAAUUUUAAAAGUCCAGUUGCACACAUUACAUGCUAAUAGACUGACGGAGAAUAUUAUAAUAAUUUAGGAAGUGAAACUCUCUUCUAGGUAUAAAAGAGGAGUAGAGUAGACAGGUAUGAACGAUUAAUAUGAUAUAUGGCACAAUGCCAAUAGAUACAUCUGGGUCAUCAGACGUUGAGUAGAUCAGUGUGCUUGGUUGAACUGAAAUCAUUUAAUUUGCCCUCAGUACCUGUUCAGGGGAGGUAACUUAAAACCAAAAGGACACAGCUUUAUCUACAAGUGUCACUAAGAGAGACAAAUACAUUUGAAAACAGUUGUGAAACUUCAGGUCGCUUUACCUCGUACACAUUAUCCCAGGAGCCAUGAAGUUGCGUCACGCAGCCCACCGAAGUUUUACUGAAGGAUUACGCAGAACAGAAUUCUGAACAUCGGAUCCUUCUAGAGUAGAGUCUCUCAGAUGAAACUGGCAAAGGCCUUUAUAAAAUUAGACUCUGUGAAGUGAGCUGCGAAUUUGCCUUUUAAAUUAAAAAGAAAAUUGAAAUUGGUGAAACCUGAACAUGAAUGAACGUGAUCUCAAAAGAGACCCUCCAUUCAGAGCGUUUUAAAAGAUAAGUAACUGAAAUGUCGUUUAAUGAUCCUCAAACGCUGGCAAGGCUGCCUCUAGGUGUGUGGGUGACAUUAUAGGUAUAUAUCUAUAUUUUCCAAACAUUUAACAUUUUCGUUACACUCUUUAGAAUCAAGUAAAAUUUAAAUCUAUUGGCUGUCUCUGGGGCUUACGUUGCUUCCUUCACUGCUGUGCGGUGGGUGGGAUGGACCAUUUCUGACCGUUUAUUUGAGUAUUUAUUGAAUGUAUUAGAUCAAGUCCAAACUACUGAAUAAGGAGGGUUAUUAACUUCUUUCUACGUGUUAGAAAUUGACGUUUUGAAGUAUACUGAAUGAACUUCCAUGACCUAAAAAUCAUAAUAUAUUCAAAGAGGGUUAAGUGAAGCAGGCCCUGUAUGACAGUUUAAUUUACGCUUUACUCAUAUAAAGCUACAGAAAACGAAGUUAAUUCUGGUGGCUGUCUACUACCGUGUCUUAGUAAAGUGUUACAAUUGAAACUACGCUUUUCUAUGUACAGAAAGUAAAUUUAUGCCUUUGUAUGUGCGAGUCUGUAUGUGUGUAAGUAUGUGUGUGUGCUUGCGUACAGAGAUAGAGGGAAAGUGUGAAUUUAUUUCCAUUAAAAUUUUUGUUCGUUUGGAGCAUUUGAAAUAUUAAUGACAAAAACUUGGGUCAUGAUUACUGGAAUUUGUUAAUCAAGAAAAUCCUUCUUAAGAUCAAUGUUUAAUCUUCUCUAAAAUUGUAAGUUAUCUUAUGGCUAGAGAGUCUAAUGUUCUUUAAAAGAAACCCAGAGUUUGAACUACACAUUGGCAUUUUUGGUGUGUCUUUAUGAUAGCGCCUUCAUUUCUCUGUGACCCAUCACUGAAUGAGCCUAUUCAGCCAGUACAAUAAAGCCCAUCUCAAAUCGUUUCUGGAAUAGUACACUUCGCAAACUUUUGUGGUCGUUCCUAGGACUACAAGAACAAGAUGGGAUAGGAAGGAAACGCUGAGCUAUUUAUGUUGAUUGUUAAUGAGAAAAGGAAGAGCUUCUUGAGUUGCUAAAAACUGGCAUGCUCAGGUGAGCAGCCGUACAGUUUCUUUAUGUUUGAGGGCAAAACACGUAACAGGCACCUACACAUGUGAGUGUGCGUGCACACACGCAAAAAUUUAUGUGCCUUUUAAAUGCUCCCAAGUAACUAGUUACUUUGAAAGCACUUGAAAUAUGACAUCUAAAAUGUAGACUGUCUAAAUUUGAUCCAAUUAAAAUCCAUUUGUGAAUAGAAUUUCUAUUAGAACCUUCAGCUAUUAGCGGUGAAGAGUGACAGCUGCCAGGAAGGACUGACGUGGCUAAUUUAGGAAAAAUUUUACACUGAUAAUAAAGGGUUUAAUUCCUUUAUCUAGAAUAGCUUGUAUUAGCAUCUCAUGAGCCAGGCUUUUAAUAAUUGGUUGCUUUCUAAGAUCCCAAGUUGAGAAGUCUGACUCUGGUCUCAGCAUGUAUAGCUGUCGAUACACCCCAGUAAUCUUCCUAUGAUUCCAGAAUUUUUUUUUCUUGUGGCUUUCUCUAUAUUCAAUAGAAUCUAAUCAUCGUAGUCCUAAGAAAUUACAUUUAUAUAUAGAUUUAAGCUUUGGAAAUUGCUCGAGAAUAUUAACACUGGGGACUUGAUGACUCUUCAGAAUUUCCCUGUCUCUAGAGUUUCGUGAAUCACUAAAUCAAAGUGAAACUGUAUCAACCUGUGUAUCAGCAGACACUGGGAGUUUGGAAAAAUUAGUACGUCUUUUGAUCUGUGAAAAGCAUGAAAGAGAUGUUGAAUAUGUUUUAAAAAUUAAAAUUGCUUUUUAUAGUACCAGAAGAGCUAUCAUUCAUUGAGUCAGUUUAAUAAAAUCUCAAUAUUCUUAAAGUGGAAGAGGAAUUGUGAGGGUAUUUUUCUCAUGCACUCCAUAAGACUUUAAAAAUUUAACUGUUAAGGAAGGUUUAGAAAAAGCAUGGUAUUUUUCUAUGGUAUCAGAAUCACUGACUUUUUAAUAAGCUUGAAAUGGCUCCAUAUGUAUAAAGGAUAUGAUUUAUACUCCUUUAAAAAACAAUGUUUUUAUGGUCAAGAGAAAUUAAGAUCCUUUGAAAGUAAGCUGAUUGACUUUUAGUCAAAUCGUACAUGUUAUAAUGCUUGUAAACAUAUGGCUUGGUAAUUAAAUGACAUCAAAGUGGAUACACAUUAAUAAAAGGUCAUUAAUAAAGGUUAAAGUCAUGCUGAGAAUAUUAAAACAUUCAGAAAAAUCUUAUCCAGAAAUUAUAAAUAGAUUGACUAAAAGAAAAAUAUUGAACAAAAGCUGGUGCCUGGAUAUCAGAUAAACAAUAAACAUUUGCAUAACUAAAUAAAGUUAUGAUUUUACUAUUUUUUUGUACAUGGAAAUCAGAUUUUUUUGAUUUUAAUAUUAUACAAGUAGUAUUCUUAAACAUAAAUAGGAAAGUAACUUUGAAAUAUAGUUGCAUUUAAAUAACCAUGUACAAUGAUAUACAAUGUAUAUCCCACAUAAAUAUUUCUAAACUACUGAAAUAGAUGUACUUUGCUUUAUCCAAUUCACAUGAAUUGCCUCAAAGAUAAAUAUUUAGGUGAGAUAUUAAAAAAAUUUACAGGCAUCAAAAUAAUAUUAUGUUCUUCUAUCAUUGCCUCAGUGUAACACUAUGGUUUUCUGAAUUUUUGGAUGCCCAUACACCAUCUCUUCGAAGGUUCUAGCCUCUCCUUUACUGCAGUCUUAUAUCAGUAUUUACUGAUCACUCAGACGUCAGAGUUAGAGAUGAAGAUGUAAUUGCUAGACCUAGCAAGACAGGUCAUAUUUUUAUUCUUAUUUUACUUUCUUAAAAAUGUAAAUUCUUCUAGUAGAAAAAGUAAGGUACAGUCAAUAUGUUUAUCACUUUGACUUUAAAAGAAAAUUUUAAAGUAAAGAAAGAGUAACUAUAAUAUCGAAACAAAACUUCCUAAACAAAUAUAUAAUUAUCAUUUUUACCUACUGUUUCAGUGGAUCUUCAAAUUUCACUGAACCUAAAAACUAAAAAGCUUAUUAGUUUUUACAGUAUCUCUGAAGAUUUAAAACAAACUAAAAUGGGUCCAUAUGGGCUUGUUUAAGAAAACUCACUCUUUUUUUUAGGAGCUCAGUAAGCAAAGGUAUUCCAAAAUAGGAAUGGAUAGUGUUAAUGAAUUGAUUCAAUUUUGGGGUCAUUUUAAAGGUUAGAUCAAACGCAUAAAAGACACCUAAUUUUAGAACAGCAAAUGAUACAAGGAGGGCAAAUGCCUGAAACUGUUUAACUUUGGAAAGUCAGUGCUACUUAAUUUAUACUCACUGUGUAUUUUCAUUUUAAAGGAUAAUGACUGAUGUUUUGUUGCUUUCUUUUAAAAUUAAAUAUCAUCAGAUAAAUCAUUGAAAUUACACUGAUUUUAUUAAAACCAACAAGAAACAGUCUUUGGGUAUAAAUCCCGUGCUUGCUUUUUCAUUCCUCCUUCCUCCGUCAAGUCGCGUUCACUGAAACAUUGCUUCUUUCAUUUUCUGCUAGAGUGAAUUAUUUGCUGUGCUGGGAAUUAUUAAAAGUUGUUUUUUUGGUUUUGUUAUAACUGACGCCUGUUAAAUACAUUUAUGUUCAAAUGAAGCCCUGAAAAUAUUGCUUGUUUGUUUCAGCAUAAAUUUGGUCGCGGUGCAUUCCACUAUUAUUUGAUAUUUACAAUUUUAAGUUGACGUCAACUAUUGUUAAAUAUUCCUGAUGAGAUUUUUUACAAAAAAAAAUACUAGACAUAUCAAUUAAUUCUGUCUAAGUCUUUUUUCGUAUGGUCUCCACAGAUGAAAAAUUAUUUUCCUCUGUGUUUAUAGGUCUGUAAAAGCUACAGCAGACAGGUCAGCCUCAAAGGGCUUAGGUUGAUGGUCAAACCACAACAUGGACCAAAACUGCAUUGGUCCAGUGGUUGGAUCAAGGGCUGGAAAAGAGGUCUCAGAGAUUUGAAACUGACUCACUUCACUUCUGUAGUAUUGGACAAGUAAAGAUGUAUCUGACCUUCCUGUGAUACAAUUUUUCCAUCUAUUGAGCUGGGAUCAUAACUUCCCGAGUAACUUGUUGAAAUGAUUAAUGAGCUACUAUGCAGAUACCACUCUGAACUCUUUCAUAAAAAAGCCUCGGUGUGAAAUA